AUGCUUGAUGAGAGAUACAGUCCCAAGUUGCUACUGGGACUUGAAGAUCUCUGGCGAAAUGAAAUAUUUGUCGACACGACUCUUGAAUUCGGCGAUGAAGAAAUAAAAGUCCAUCGGGCUGUUUUGGCCGCAGCCAGUGAUUAUUUCAAGUCAAUGUUCGCCGGCGCCUUGAAAGAGUCCUGGUCGCACGAGAAGAUCAGAAUAAACGAGGUCGACAGUAAAUCCUUCAAAAGCCUUAUCGAAUACGCGUACACUGGUAAAGUCGACGUCAAUCAACAAAACGUGCUCAUCUUACUCAAAACUGCCGAUCUUCUUCAAUUCGACUCCGUCCGCCGACUUUGCUCCGAGUUUCUCGUUACCGAAUUGUCUCCUUCCAACUGUUUAGAUAUGUCGAACUUGGCGCAGAGCAUCGGAAUGUGGGAUCUACUGGAAAAGAGCCGACUUUACUUGCUGGAAAAUGUUGGACAAGUUGCGAAAUCAAUCCCCUCGUUUUUCAAGCUCCCACUUGAGGACUUCGAGCAAAUCCUCAACAGUGAACAUUUACUGGUGCCGAAAGAAGAAACUGUUCUCGAACUGAUACUGAGCUGGAUUCAGUACGAUGCUGAGAAACGCAUGCCAUUCUUGGACAGGUUGAUUCAUUUGGUGAAGCUGCCCUUUGUGCGACGAUUCUAUCUGAUGCAAAUUUCGAGUAUUCCAUUGAUGUCGGGAAAAGUGUGUGCUAAUUACAUUUCCGAAGCGAGGGACUUUCAGGCGAAGAAAAUUAACAGGUCCGACUUCGCUUAUGAUCACCGAUUCAAGCCGCGGCCUUCCACUGGAAUCUUCGAGAUCUACGUGCGCAUAGGUGGCACAAACGCUGAUUUGGAUGAACUUUCGGUGGUAGAAGGUUACAAUCCAAUAAGUAAUCAUUGGAGAAGACUGUCGGAGCCACUUGGCGAGCCGCUCCGUGGAGGCUAUUCGGUUUGCGCCUUGGGUACAGAUCUGUAUAUUUCCGGUGGACGAAGUUCAGAUGGGCUAGUGACUAAUAGAUGCUAUCGAUUCCAGCCUCAAAUCGACAGUUGGUCUCUGAUAAAUGGAAUGAUUCAGGAUAGGGAGUACCACUGCUCCGCCAGUCUCGGCGGUAAGUUGUACUGUGUAUCAGGUGAUUCCGGCGCUGAAGUUUUUGAUCCUGAAUCAUCAGCGUGGAAAGCUGUAAAAGCUUUGCCCACUAAGUGCGAGAAUCUGCAGGCGAUCGGAUCCAAAGGUCGCUUGUUCGUCGUUGCCAGCCCUUUGAACGAGGACGGCGAGGGUGGAAACAUUUCACUCUAUGUGUACAAUCCGGAUGAGGAUGAAUGGAAUUCAUGUGAACUCGAACCACCAGAGCCCUGGUCUGUCUGUCCAAUGAUGACGUCUCUCAAUGGAAUCCUCUAUUUCCUAGCCACGGCUAACACUUUUUUUCCGUCUACGAUUAGCGAUCCCUUCCUCUUAAUUCCAAUUGUCAGCCAGUUAAAAGGAGACGACUCAAAGAAUCUUCAGAGCUACGAUCCGCUAUCGAAGAGUUGGAGCCUUCUGGCAAAUUCCAGUCAGGUCCAUUUGGGCGGGUCAGUUACAGUGCUCGGCGGCAAAAUUACCAUUUCUGGAGGAUACGCUUCUGAAUCAGGUCUAACAGACCUAAUCGAGCAGUACGACACUCAAACGGACUCUUGGUCGGAAUAUGCUAGACUGAAAGAACCGACAUUUUGGCACGGCUCUGUUUCCGUGUUCAGGCUGAUCAAAGCGCCCAUGUCUCCCGACUACCAGAGCGACUUCUUGCAACGCAGCUGA